CCUGUGGGUGACAUCUCUAGGGAAGAAGGACGGUGACUAUGUUUAGCAGCGAGUGGAGCUAAGGGGACACAGCCCCCAGUUAGUCAUAUGUAGCGGGAGCCGGGGGCCUGGCUUGCAGACCGGCCGUGGUGGUCAGCCCCGGAGGACCCCACAGAGUCUGUGGGGCACAUAGGCGGGGACGGGAGCCCUGAUGGAGAGCAGGGCAGUUUGGUCCGGGUGUGGCUGGGCUGAUGGCUUCUCCUGGGAUGCUGUCUCGGAUGCCCAGGCGAGGCUGAGGGGUGUGGUCAUGAUGCGGUGGCUGGAACAGUAAGACUGGCCCCUGGGGAGUCGAUACCAUUUUAUUAACCGGUAAGCCUGUGGGCAGGCGGCGGGAGCUUGGCAGACAGUAUCCCGCCUCCCGGCCACUGUGGUCUGGCCACUGGGAGAGUUGGCCUGGUCGGCCCUGCAAGGAAGGGCAGCCACCGCAUCCGAGUGGGUCUGUGCAGGGGGCUGUGGCCCCAUCUGGGUGGGCAGGACCCCCACGGCCUGGUCCCAGAGGUGUGGGUCUGACCUCCUUGGGGGCUGGAAGAUUACAGGUUGACCAUGAGGCAUCUAUUCCCAGGUGGGAGCGCUGCCCUUCCCAGGGUCGGGGCGGUGAGGCUGGUGGGGAGCUGAGACCAAGGCCCCGGGGCCCUGAGGACUCCAGCCGGCCCCUCCCAGAGCCCCUGAGGGUGGGGCUCUCAGUGGCCCUUGGCUUGGCAGGUGGUGUUGGGGGACAAAGGCUCUGGAGUCUUCUUCGAUGAGCAGGGAGGUGCACCUGGCCGGGCUGGGCAGGCCUCAGGGGAGACAAGACAGGGUGGCGUGCGUUCAGGUGGAAUAGGGCCCCGGGGUGGUUCUGAGGGUGUGGGGCUUGGGGGUCCAGUUUGUUAAUAGGAGCUGGGUAAGGAGGAGGUGAUCCGGGCCCUGCCCUGUGCCCCUCGGCUGAGCUGUCCUCAUGUGUGGACGGGUGGCGUUGGCAGAAGCCUCAGGGCAGGGAGGAGGGUGCCCGGUCUGGACGCUCCUGUGUGCGGGCAGGUAGCCGGGAUAUCCCACCUCCAUAUUCACCUGCCCAGCCCCUUCCAAGACCCCACCUGCCAGAGUCGGCAGGGCCUGCAGGGCCCACAGGCUGAGGCUGGCCUUGAGACCCUACACCGGGCGGGCCCCCCACCCUCCUCUGGUUCUCGGGUUCCUCCGUCUCCUCGACUCCGGGUGGCUUUGGGGAGCAGGGCCCAUCCUGGCUCUCCAGUUCCCUCUGACCCUGGAGCUGUGCCCCGUCCUCUUCCCAGGGGCUAGAGCGGCAUGGCCUUGGAGCCCUCUGCCACCCCAAAGCCCGUUGCGGAGCUGGACGAGUGGUCAGGCGACGAGAGUCUCGUCCCCGCCCGCCUGCCCACCCCAGGCCCUGCCCUCCUUGCUGACGAUGCUGAUCCCUGGCUCUGAGCCGCCCUGAUCCCUUGAUCCGUCUCAGCCCCCGGGAGGCCCCGGAUGGCCUGCCCAAGGACCUGGGGUCUCCUGGAGCCUGGGACGCCAGAGCCUUUAGCCCACCACUCUGGGGUGGGGGGAGACAGGGGAACCACGAGGCCGGCGCGUCCCCAGGACCAACGGCCAAGGCGGGGUGGGAGUUGGCCGGCCAGGCGGGAGGCCUGGCGCCCCGCGAUGCCGGCCGCCCCCGCGGAGGGCCAGCCCGUGGCCCUGAGCUUGGCAGAGAAGGCCGUGUGCAAAGUGGUAUACGGUGCCCCCCGCCCCCGUCCCCUGCUGCUGCCCGUGGGCCUGGAGCUAUGGCUGUAUGUGGAGAAGAUGCGUCGUCACCUGCAGAGGAAGAGGAUGGAGACCUCGUGCCUGGAGCUGGCCCUGGAGGGCGAGCGUCUCUGCAAGGCCGGGGACUUCAAGGCGGGCGCGGCCUUCUUUGAGGCAGCGGUGCAGGUGGGCACCGAGGACCUGAAGACUCUCAGCGCCAUCUACAGCCAGCUGGGCAAUGCCUACUUCUACCUGAAGGAGUACUCCCGGGCGCUGGAGUACCACAGGCACGACCUGCUGCUGGCCCGGACCAUCGGCGACCGCAUGGGGGAAGCCAAGGCCAGCGGGAACCUGGGCAACACACUCAAGGUGCUCGGCCGCUUUGACGAGGCCAUUGUGUGCUGCCAGCGGCACCUGGACGUCGCCCGGGAGCAGGGGGACAAGGUCGGGGAGGCCAGGGCAUUGUACAACAUCGGCAACGUGUACCACGCCAAGGGCAAGCAGCUCUCAUGGAACGCCGCACAGGACCCUGGGCACCUGCCGCCCCAUGUCCGGGAGCCACUGCGCAGAGCCUCCGAGUUCUAUGAGAGGAACCUGUCCCUCGUGAAGGAGCUGGGCGACCGGGCGGCCCAGGGCAGGGCGUAUGGCAACCUGGGCAACACACACUACCUGCUGGGGAGCUUCGUGGAGGCCACGACCUUCCACAAGGAGCGCCUGGCCAUUGCUAAGGAAUUUGGAGACAAGGCGGCCGAGAGGAGGGCGUACAGCAACCUGGGGAACGCCCACAUCUUCCUGGGGCGCUUUGACGUGGCCGCCGAGUACUACAAGAAGACGCUGCAGCUGUCCCGGCAGCUCAAGGACCAGGCGGUGGAGGCACAGGCCUGCUACAGCCUGGGCAACACCUACACUCUGCUGCAGGACUACGAGCGCUCGGCCGAGUACCACCUUCGGCACCUGCUCAUCGCCCAGGAGCUGGCCGACAGAGUGGGAGAGGGCCGGGCGUGCUGGAGCUUGGGGAAUGCCUACGUGUCCAUGGGGAGCCCGGCACAGGCCCUGACCUUCGCCAAGAAGCACCUGGAGAUCUCCCAGGAGAUCGGGGACCGAAAUGGGGAGCUCACGGCCCGCAUGAACGUGGCACAGUUGCAGCUGGUGCUGGGCCGGCUGAGCAGCCCCGCGGCCACGGAGAAGCCCGACCUGGCCGGCUACGAGGCCCAAGGUGCCAGGCCCAAGAGGACACAGAGGCUGAGUGCAGAGACCUGGGGCCUGCUGAGGCUCCCCCUGGAACGGGAGCAGAAUGGAGACAGCCACCAGCUGGGGGAGUGGCGGGGGCCGGGCAGGGACAUGCUCCCUCUCCCCAUGAGGAGCAGGAAGUACCAGGAGGGGCUGGAGACCGCUGAGAGGCCCCGCGAGGGCGGCCACUCCCCGCUGGACAGCGCGGACGUCCGGGUGCAGGUGCCUCGCACGAGCAUCCCUCGGGCCCCGUCCUCCGACGAGGAGUGCUUCUUUGACCUGCUGAGCAAGUUCCAGAGCAGCCGCAUGGAUGACCAGCGCUGUCCCCUGGAGGAGGGUCAGCCCGGGGCCGCCGAGGCCACCGCCGCCCCCAGCCUGGAGGAGAGGGUCGCCCGGCCCUCGCUGACAGCCUCCCCGCAGACCGAAGAGUUCUUCGACCUGAUCGCCAGCUCGCAGAGCCGCCGGCUGGACGACCAGCGUGCCAGCGUAGGCAGCUUGCCCGGGCUCCGCAUCACCCACAACAACCUGGGACACCUGCGUGCCGACGGGGACCCGCAGGAGCCUGGGGACGAGUUCUUCAACAUGCUCAUCAAGUGCCAGUCCGCCAGGAUCGACGACCAGCGCUGCCCGCCUCCCGACGUGCUGCCCCGAGGCCCCACCAUGCCUGACGAGGACUUCUUCAGCCUCAUCCAGAGGGUGCAGGCCAAGCGGAUGGACGAACAGCGGGUCGACCUCGCCGGGAGCCCGGAGCAGGAGGUCGGCGGGAGACCCGAGCCCCGGCAGCAGUGCCAGCCUGGCGCCACCUAAGGCCUUGUGACUGCAGCCAGGCCGGCCCCACCCCCGCUCCUGGACUCGGGGCCGGGGUGGGGGGUGGGGGGCGGAGGGCUCACGGUCACCUGCCCAGAAGCCCGUUCCUCUGGAGGCCACGGCUGAGCACAGGCUCCGAGCCCUCUGGCCCUUUCCACUGUGGCAGACGCUGGGCACCCAGCCCUCACGUCGGCUCCCUCCCAGGGUGGCAGGCUCAGGUCAGGGCUGCCCUGGAGGGUGGCCGUGCUCCUGUCCUAGAGCAGCCCCCGGGCGGUACAUGGGCCUCCCACAGGCCUGCCAGGCCUUCCCCCUGCCCCAGGCCCGGCCCUCCCCCUGCCCCAGGUCUAGCUCUCUCCCUGCCCCAGGCCAGCCUUCCCCCUGCCCCAGGCCCAGCCCUCCCCCUGCCCCAGGC